AUGUAAAUAAAUGGCCGUUUGUAAUUUGACUUAAAAGUAGAUAAUAAAGAUUAUAAAAUAUCUGGUAACAUUUUCUUAAAAGAUAAUAUCUCUACUGAUGUUGAUAAAGAAGCAGAAACUAUUGCCAAUCGAAUCGUUGAAAAAGUCAGAUAAAAAUCAUUAAAGAAAUCAAUCAAUAAAUCUGCUUAACAUAAAUAUGAAUCAUAAUCUGCAACCAAAUUUAGUCAAACUGAACAUUUCAAAUCUAAUGAAUAAAAUAAUUCUCGAUAAGAAACCUUAAAAAAUGACUAUAAAAAACCAUAUAUUUCUGAAUAUCAAACUGAGUAUAGAUCCUCUUGCAAAUUUAAUUAUGAUGAUCAAUAAUUAGAUAUUUGUGAAUUAAUUACUCCUUAAAAACAUAAAAUAAGAAAUACUCAAUCUUAACAAUCCAUCAAAAAAGAAUAAACAAAUAUUAAAUAAUCUACUAUCCCACUUGCUGAAAGCCAAUAUAUUAUAGAAAACAGUUAUUCCAAUACUAAAGAUGGAAAAUAAAUUAUUCAAUUAAUGUAUACUUUUUUUUUUAUUAUCAAAUUAGAGAUAAUGCGCACAAUCUGAUUAAAAAAAAUUCCUAAAUUUUGAAUAAAGUUUAACUCUAAUCUCCUCUUAAAUCAGUUAUUAACACAAAAACAUCUGUCAGUAUGAAAACUUCCAAUAAUUCAUAAUCUAAUAAAAAAAAAGAAGAUAUUGUUACUUAAUUAUUAGGAAGUUUAAGAAAUGCAAAAAAAAUUAAAGAUGAAUAUUAAAAAAGAUUCUUUUGA